AACUUAAAAAACAUUUUGGAAUAUAUAUAUAUAUUAAGCAGGAAUAAGAAUAGGUGGAGGAAUAUAAUGUUCAGUCCUUAGUUUUUUUUGCAUGCAAAUUUCUCACUGUUAUAGUGAAAAUGACAUGUUUUCUAGUAGUUAUCAUGCCAAAUCCAAAUCAUCAAUAUCAAAACUAAGAAUAUAUAUAUAUGUACGUUAAAUUAAUGUUUUGAUCCUCUUGCCAUCACCGCCUACCCUUCUUCCUAUAAUAUGAAAUAUUUUUGUUGACAUUUCCAUUUUUCUUUCCAUCUUCUAAAGAGUAACAACUUCUUUAGACUGAUGGGUUUGUUCAAAAGUAAACGUGUGGUUUACAAGCCAGUGAAGGAUGUCAAUUUAGGCCCUGAUAGUACUGAAUUCUAUCUCCAAGCCAAUGUUAAAGCUCCACGCAUGACUGGAAUUUUGGUGAAGAUUGUCGCUUGGCUCUUGGAGUGUCGAAUAAUUGGAGCUUUUCUAUUGUAUAUAUUGAAGGGAAAUAAUCUUAUUCAUAAGUAUAUUACAAAUGCAGAUAUAGAAGAGCCACCUCUUUAUGUUCCAUUACAUCAUUUUGAAGACCACAAAGAACAAGAAGUGAAAUCCUUGGAUUUGGCUUUGACUCCACCAGACAAAGUUCAAGUUGCAAUAGAUUGCUUACCUACAACUUUACAAAGACCAAUUAAUGGAACAAAGCCUUCAUUUAAUCGGUGGACCAUAAUGGACUAUUUCAGAGCUUACAGCUCAGGAGAUAUAACACCACACAUGGUUGCAGAAAGAUUUAUAGCUGCUGUUGAUGAAUCCUCAAAACCUACACUUCAAAUGGGAUUCUUCAUUAACUACAAUGUUGAAGAUAUACUUAGGCAAGCAAAUGAAUCAACUCUUCGGUAUCAGAAAGGAGAACCUAUAUCUGUGCUGGAUGGAGUUCCUGUUGCUAUCAAGGAUGAAAUAGAUUGUUUGCCAUAUCCUACUACAGGUGGUACAAAGUGGCUGCACAAACAAAGGCCUUGUACAGAUGAUGCUUGUUGUAUUAAGCGUUUAAGAUUAUGCGGUGCUGUACUUGUUGGAAAGACUAAUAUGCAUGAACUUGGAGCUGGAACUAGCGGUAUAAAUCCGCAUUAUGGGGCUACAAGAAAUCCACAUAAUGCCAGUAGGAUUGCAGGAGGUUCUUCUAGUGGAUCUGCUGCGGUGGUGUCGGCAGGGUUGUGUCCUGUUGCACUUGGUGUUGAUGGGGGAGGCUCUGUGAGGAUGCCUGCAGCACUUUGUGGUAUAGUUGGUCUGAAACCGACUUUCAGUCGUAUACCUCAUUCUGGAGUUAUUCCUCUAAACUGGACAGUUGGUAUGGUGGGAAUACUAGCAGGCACUGUUGAGGAUUCACUCAUCACUUAUGCAGCAAUCAGCGGCGAAAUUCCAUCGCGUCAGCCCUCUAGUAUACCUGCCAAGAUAAAUCUUCCACUGCUGCCCCUAACAAAGUCAAUAUCAAAAAUCAAGUUGGCAAAGUAUGGCAAGUGGUUUGAUGAUUGCAGUGAUGAUGUCAGAAUAUGCUGUUCCGGUGCUCUGAACAAGCUCCAGGGUCAUUAUGGUUGGAAGAUUGUAGAUGUCACUAUACCAGAAAUAGAAGUGAUGCGCCUGGCACAUUAUUCAACUAUUGGAUCAGAGUGUAACACUUCACUUGAUUAUUUUCAAGAUAAAAAUUUAGCAGACUUUGGAUGGGAUGCAAGGGUAGCCCUUAAAAUCUAUGGUUCAUUCAGCAGCAUGGAGUAUAUUAAAGCUCAGAAAAUUAGGAAUCGCCAAUUGCAGUUUCACAAGAAAAUAUUUUCCGAGGCUGAUAUCAUUGUGUCACCGACAACAGGUGUGACUGCAUACCCAAUUCAAGAUGAUGCACUGAAGACUGGUGAACUUGACUAUGUCAAUGGAGCUGCACUUAUUCGGUAUUCCAUAGCAGGAAACUUCCUGGGACUUCCUGCUGUCACUGUUCCGGUUGGCUAUGAUAAAUUAGGUUUACCCAUUGGUCUUCAGUUUAUAGGAAGGCCUUGGGCUGAGGCAACAUUGAUCCACUUGGCAUUUGCAAUGCAGACCAUAUGCUUGUCAGAAUACAGAAAGCCAGCAAUUUUUUAUGAUCUGCUCAGAACAAAUUAAAUAGAUUCUUAAAUCAUUGGGGUAUAUUCAGAAGGAAGGGGGACACAAGCAGUGACAGGUCUAUUCAAUCAAAGCCAAAAGAAGCGUUAUGUUGUCUUAUUUGAUCUAUUGGAGAAAUUUUAUGUCCCAUCUAUUCAGUUUCACUAGAAUGAACUCUGUUAGAAUAUUUCUUUAAUGGGAGUUAGAACUUAAAGAUUGAAAACGAAACAUUUGCUUAACGAAUACAAGUCUCUUACCACUUGAACCAAUCCAAUGUUGGUUUGUUA